CCUCCUCCCCUGAAACUUAGAGAGGAAGGGAAGAGGAGGCGGCUUGCAGAGCGCAGUCGGGGCCCAGCGGAGGAGGAAGCCCACGGAGAGAGGAAGAAGGACAGUGAGUCAAAGGCUGAGCGUGGACUGGGGCUGGACGGCCAGAGAAAGCAUUUUCCUCACAGUAAUGCCAGGGAGAUCCGAAGAAGUGUUAGUGGUUACUCGGAAUUUCUUCACCAACUGAAAGCGCUGCAAAGUUGGAUCUUACCAUUUUGGGAACAAUACUGCCUAUAACAAGGACUUCUGAGAAAACUUUGUUUUUACUUCUCCUUUUGAGAUAUCACACCCAGCAUCACAAUUUUUUCAUAAAAUAUUAAUUUUUUGGUUUUUUUAAAAAAAGGGGGACUACAAAUAUGGCAUUCAUUGUUGAAUGGAAGUCUUGAGUUUAACCAAGCCAAUUGGCCACAGUACUUAAAAUUGUGUUUCCUUACUUUUUUUCUGGACUCUGUGUGUGGAAACAAGUGAUUAAAAAUGGAUAAGUACGAUGAUCUAGGUCUGGAGGCAAGUAAAUUUAUAGAAGAUCUUAAUAUGUAUGAAGCUUCUAAAGAUGGGCUCUUCCGAGUGGACAAAGCAGUUGGGAACAACCCAGAAUUUGAAGAAACCCGUAGGGUGUUUGCUACAAAAAUGGCCAAAAUCCACCUCCAGAAACAGCGAGAGCAAGAGGAGCUGCUCAAGUCAGCUUCUGGGGGUCCAAGCAAUGGGGCCAGCUUUGGUACUCAGCAUCAGCUUCCUGGCCAUUCUGUCGCCAGAGGCCCUGGAGGAACAAAUAAACUGCACUCAGGUGAAAAUAUUGCAAAGCCUCCACUGGCUACGUCAUCAACAGUGUGCUCAGGCCAUCACAUUUCCUUCCCAAACCAGCCCCAAGGUUAUGCUGAAGGAGAGCGGCCAAAACUCUACUCAGAAGGCAACAGAGGCAGCAGUGACUAUGGAUACAGUGAAGGCCUUAGUGCUCCAGAAGUUUCCAGAGGACACAGUUAUCAAAAGUCAGGGCAGGUGAAUCUGUGUAGUUCUAAGACAUCUUUUCCCUCGCUUUCUCAUGAAGAACCUAAUAAUAGUGAAAAUCAGACAGGUAGUCAAAGUUGGGGAAGAGACACUGGUAAGUUUUCUAACAUGAAGUCUGGUAUCGGCUCCCAUUUAUGGUCAAGCACCAACCACGAGGAAUCAUUGCAGAAGCAUCCUGCAAAACCUCAAGCAGAUCUUCAUCCAUACCAACAGUCACGCAACGCUUUCAGGUCUCCAGAGAGUGGGUAUGGUAGUCAGGAAAGCGGAGGUGAAGGUCCUGGGCUUGGUCAAAGUUAUGACCACAACCCAAGUAACCAGAGAUCAUCUUCUUUCUCCCACACUGUUGGUCCUUUGUCCUCCACAGUUGGGGUUGGUGAUGGAGUGCCUGCAGGAUAUUUACAGCAGAGGUCGUCCUCAUUCUCUGCUCCAUCAGGGCACCCUUCUCAGUCUGUAUUGAAUCGGUCUGAUAAUUUUCAUGCAAACUGUGGUACUGACGUGUGGACUUCUGGUGUUUCAAAUAAAAGUCCUGGUGACAAUCAGUCAAGAAGUAAGGAUAACAUUCAAGCUUCAAUUUCUGGUUCACUUCCUACUCCGCUACCUCCAUGUGUAGACUAUCAGCAAACAAACACUCACCCAAAGCCUAGCAGUCAUUUUGUAGUUCAUGGUCAAAAUCACAGGCUUAAUUCCGCAAGUGUGUCUGGCAUGAAUCCGGAGCAAAAUUCUAUUAGUGUAACAUCUCAUGGACCAAUGAUUUCCGAUGUUCCAAAAUCUCCUUUUAAAGAGGGCAUUGGCACUCUUCAGCAUGACUCUGGUCACCAGGAAAGCUCCACUUCUGCAAAAAUAAAACUACCCUGUCAGACACUCCUUCCACAGCAAGAACAAGGACCAUCCACUGCAGAAUUAAAAUUAGAAGCUCUUACCCAGCGUCUGGAGCAGGAGAUGGAUUCUUGUCCAAAGGCUGACUACUUUGGAACCUGUGUGAAGUGCAACAAAGGAGUCUAUGGUGCAAACCAAGCUUGCCAAGCAAUGGGGAAUCUCUACCAUGAUGGAUGUUUUACCUGUGGAGCUUGCAGUCGAAAGCUAAGAGGAAAGGCUUUUUAUUUUGUUAAUGGAAAAGUAUUUUGUGAAGAAGAUUUCCUGUAUUCAGGUUUCCAGCAGUCAGCUGAUAGAUGUUUCAUAUGUGGACAUUUAAUCAUGGACAUGAUUUUGCAGGCUUUAGGGAAGUCGUACCAUCCUGGUUGCUUCCGUUGCGUCAUCUGCAAUGACUGCCUUGACGGCGUGCCAUUCACUGUAGACAACGACAACAAAAUCUACUGUGUCCGAGAUUACCACAAAGUUUUAGCUCCAAAAUGUGCAGCUUGCGGUCUUCCCAUUCUUCCAAGCGAGGGUUCUGAUGAGACUAUCCGUGUUGUAUCAAUGGACAAGGAUUACCACGUGGAAUGUUAUCGCUGUGAGGACUGUGGCAUGGAGCUCAAUGACGAAGAUGGGCAUCGCUGUUUCCCCCUGGAUGAGCAUUUGCUGUGCCAUUGUUGCCACCUGAAGCACAUAGAGAAAAGCUCGGCUCCUGUAGCUUCAUACCGGCAUCAUUAUUAGUCCUCACUGUUCAGAUUCCUAGGAGGCUGCCAGAGGGACACAGCUAUUUCUCUUAGGUGCCUUUUUGCCUCCGCAGGAAAUUUGCAAUAAGAGGACAAUAGGAAAAAGCCUCAACUUGCCCCAUGCAUUGUAUGCAGUGGAAUUCUACACAAAGAUGUUUUGCAGUUUUAUCCAGAGCUAUUUGUGGUGUAUGUAUUUCUCCACCUGGUUGGAAGAAGAGGAUAAAAUAAAGAAAUGAUCUGUCUUCUCCUGAAUCCUUUCAAAAGAACACUUCAGUAGGAAACUGAAACAAAGUACCUACUAAAUGGCUUCUUGUUACAGAAUGUGUGUACUGAUAACAUAGUUAUAUGUCUAAUAUAGUGGCCUUUACCUCAUCAGCUGCUCUAUUCAGUGAGUAAACUCUGUUUUGUGCUACAUAAAUCUACUGUGCCAACCCUGUUGCGGGAAUAUGGGUGCUCUUUUUAGUGAGCACAAUUACUGAAAUACAACACUAUGCAACACAAUUUUUGUUCCUAGGUUAUAAAUGUCAUUUCCUAAUUGGUUCUAUCAUAAAAACAUGAAAAUGGUUUAUUAAACUGCAGAAACUUUGGUUUUGCAGGACAUCCUGCAGCACAUUUUGCUAUAGUUUUCCAGUUAUCUCUUUAGAGUCUCAAUGAAUUCAACAUAAUUUGUGGCAGUCACAAAAACAAAGUUUAUGGAGUAUAAUGACAACUUUCAAAGUAUAUACCACGCAAUUAAACAGGAAAUAACACUUUCAAACCAGGACAUUUUUCAAAUUUUGUUACAUAGUGUAAUUAUAUCCCCCUCCUUUUGUUUUUUACAUUGUAGGGAAGUUUUCCUUUGAUGCCCUACCUUUGUUCUGAAAAUGGCACUGAAAACCAAUGUCUAGAUAAGAUGCUGAUCUGCUUGUUCUUACCCUAGAAAUCCAGUCUUCCUUCUCUAUUUGGAAGGCAAUCACACUCAGUCACGAGUGAUAGCCUAUGAUGAGUGUAUAGAUAUCAGUGAUGAUGCGAAACAGCAGCCAGAAUAAUUUAGGAGUGUACAUUAAGAUGAUUUCUACAGCUUGAUAUUCUUUCCUGAGAGGUUGGAACAACUUGUUUUAUAUAUAGCUUUGGGAUCUGUUCUACAAGUAUGGUGUGUGCAGACUGAAAAACAAUUCAUUUCCAGAACAAGAUCUUUGAUGAGUGUCUAGGAAGAAAAUAAAAUACCUAUUAUUGAGAAAGAUAACAAUUGUGCCUUAUAAACUCUGCAAUUAAGCGUGUAUUUAAUAAAUAUGAUGUGGCCUAUAGAA